AUGGGGUCAAUGCCAAUGCCGAUACCGAAAGAAGUCGAGAGUCUGAGCGGGAAUGGGGAUGGGAACGGGGGUGGGAACGGGGGUGGGAAUGGAAAUGGAAAUGGGCAUGGGGAUGAGGAUGAGGUCCGGACUGGGAGGCAGCAAGAGAGAGAACAAGAGGAAGAACAAGAGGGAAAGCAAGAGCAGGAACAGGAGCAAGAGCACGAGCAAGAGCGAGAGCCAGCAGAGCUAGAAUCACAGCAAGAACUACAGCAGAACGAAAGGGGCUCUCUCCCUCCUUCUCCCUCUACCACCACGACCACGACCACGACCACGAUCCCGACCCCGACCACGAUCCCGACCACGACCACUGAUCCUACUCCGACCGCCCCAACUCCAUCGAAACACGUCGCCCACGACUCCAUGGUCACGGUGCGCCUCUCCGAACCUCCCACAGCGCCGACCCUGCACCUCGAUACCGCUAUCCCUACGGUCACGCAUCCGCAUACAAAUACCAUCGAGACAACGACACCAGAGAAGGAGGUACAGACGCCCGGUACCAGGCUCGACGGCGUGGAGGAGCAUGUGCUAGAGGAGGAAGAAGCAGAGACAGAGGAACAGGCGGGAGAGAGCCCGAGGAUCGCCACCACGAUGAGCCCCGGGGGAAACCAGUCGCUGCCCAGGGGAUCUGCCGGAGACGGGAUGAGCCAGAGGACAUCGCGGAGGGGCAGCGAAAGCGAGGACGGCGACGGAGACGACGACGGGGACAGAGACAGUGCGGAGGGCGAAGGCGUGAAUUGGGAGGAGCUGGAGAGGACCGAGGAGAAUGAGCCCAGGGACGAGAGCUCGGAUGAUUCAACCGCCCUCCUCCUCGCUCGACUCGAGCAAGAAAACGCUGCCCUCGUCUCGAACCCCAAAUCCGGCAUCGUCAAGGUCCAGGUCGUGGACAGCGCGAGAGCGAGACACAAAUCGAGACCCCCGUCGAUACAGCACCUCAAAAGACUCGUCAAUGGCCCGACACCCGCUGCCCUGCGGUACUCGUUGAUUCCGGCGCCGCCUAUGACGGACCUCGAGUUCUACGCUGCGCUGGUGCAGGACUACUCAAGGACAGCACAAUACCUGCCUACCUUACUGUCGAAGAAGAUACGGAGUGGGAUCCCACCUCCGUUGAGGGGGGUGGUGUGGCAGAGUAUGUCUGGGGCCCGGGACACGAUGCUGGAGGAACAGUUUGACAGGCUGUGUGGGGAGUCGAGUCCGUAUGAGGGCAUUAUUGGGAAAGAUCUGGGGCGGAGCUUCCCGGGGGUGGAGAUGUUUCGCGAUCCGGAAGGCGACGGCCAGCGGAUGCUGGGGAGGGUGCUGAAGUGCUUCAGUCUGUACGAUCAUAAGAUUGGGUACUGUCAGGGCUUGGGCUUUCUUGUUGGCCCGUUGCUGAUGCACAUGGGCGACAGGCAGGCAUUCUGCGUUCUUGUUCGGCUGAUGGAGCAUUACGAUCUGCGAAACUGCUUCCUCCCAGACCUUUCGGGCUUGCAUGUCCGGAUUUACCAGUUCAACAAGCUGCUCCACCUACACUUGCCCGAGCUCUCGGCCUUUCUCGAUGGCCACGGCGUGGAACCCGCCUACGUCUCCCAAUGGUUCUUAUCCUUCUUCGCUGUCACCUGUCCCCUGCCAAUGCUUUUCCGGAUCUACGAUGUUAUCUUUGCCGAGGGGGCCUCGGAGACGAUAAUGAGGGUCGCGCUGUCGCUGAUGAGGAAGAACCAGGAGAAGAUCAUGGCUUGUUCGGAGUUCGAGGAUGUGAUGCAGCUGCUGCUGUCGAGAGGACUGUGGGAUGUUUUCCACUACAACGCCGACGAAUUCGUGACCGAGUUCGUGAGUAUGACUGGUAUGGUUACUCGGGAGAGUUUGCAAGCUCUGGAGGCGAGCUACGGAGAGGCCCAGAUUGCCGACACCGUUACGCCUACCGAGGUCGGAUCUGCUGCUUCGAGAUUCCUAGGUCGGCUCUGGACAGGCUCGAACUCGUCUACGAAGUCAACCAACCUCAGUCCGGCACUUACGACGCCAUCUCGACCGGCCAGCUUCUUGCAGAGGUCGUCAUCGAAGCAGAGCAUCGCUUCGACUUUGAACUCUAUGGAAGGUGGUGGAUCCGAAAGUAUUUUGAGCUCUUCGACCGACGCUACGUACGUCUCUCGAGACUCUUCGAAUACUGAUAACUCCUCCGUCCGAGCUCAGUCCGUCGGCUUCAACAGUUUGGUUUCGAAACCGAAUAAGGAUAAGAACUUGCAUGGUCAGAUCGAGGACCUGCUGGUGGCACUCAGUGAGUUGCAGAGGGAUCAUGCUAUUCUUGCAACGCAGCUGCAGAGAGAGAGGGAGGAGCGGGAUGAAGAUCGAAAUACGGUUCGCUUAUUGCUCGAUGGGUUGAGGAAGAAGUCGAGCUUGGAGACGGUGGGAAGUGGUUCAAGUUCGGAGAGUUCGGAAACCGUGAAGCCAGGUCCCGGGAUCAAAGAAGACGACGAAGAGGACCACGACCAGACCAUUCUCCCGGGAGUCGCGGAUGAUGAGACUCCCGCAGCGAACGAUCUUGCGGCUCUGCUCGACGUUGUGGAAGAUCGAUUCGCUCCACCCGCGGACAAUAGACGUUCUUCGAUCCUGCAAACGAAAUCUCAACUACGAGACGACAUUGUUCGUGCAAAAGAGCAGCUCAUUCACGAAUCGGCCAAGAGGCAAGAUUUGACACGUCAAUUGGCUGAGCACCAACAAGAGAUCCACAAUCUCAAAGACCAGGUGAGGGAGGGUCACACUCAGAUUCGAGCGGCUCACCAGGACAAACAGCGACUGGAGAGACAGGUGUCUGAGCUCAAAUCUCGCAGGUCGGCAGCCACAAGCCCCGAUGCCAGCCGAGAAAGCGAGAACGAUCGGUCGUCCGGCAACAGCGGGUUACGAGAAUUCAAACUCGGCCGCUCGCCUUCGAGUAGAUCGCAGAAAACGCCGGCGAUGUUCUCUAAGCGUACGUCCAGUCUGGUUCAUCUGAAAGAGAACGAGAUGCCACCGCCUAGUCCGCCACUGCCGCCAGAGCCCAGUCCGUCAAAGAUGAGUCAAGACGACACAGACGCUCUUGUUUUGGAGCUUGUGCAAGCUAAGACUGCGGAAGCGAUCGCUAAGCAGGAAGCCGAGGAGGCGAAGUUGAAACUAGAGAGCCUGAAGAAAUUGCUGGGGCAGAGUGGCGAUGGGGCGAGUGGCAAGCUGGAUAAAGCUACGCCUAGCACGGGAAGCCCGGUGAGUGCCUCUUCUGGCAAUGGACCGAGUAAUGGAGGCUAUGUGAGCCGACCGCAGCCGCAGAAUCAAGCCAGCGCUCCAGCGAGCGCGGUCUCGACGGUUGGUGGAGGAUUCUGGGCCGGCUGGGGCAAGAGGACCGUCAGCACUGACAAGAUGCCGGGCCUCUGA